AUGCAAGAUCUGUCGCACCAGAUGCAUGCGCCUGACACUAGUCCAGGGGCAAGUUCAACACUACGCCCGUCGGAGCAAGCCAGCAAGCGAGUCCACUCACUCUGGGUCCUCAACAACGGCUGUCAGCCCACACAGGGCACCCCCCUGCCUGCCCCUUCAGGCUUCGCUGUGUCCGGCGUCAGUAGUCGGUGGUCCGGUCUCCAUUUUUAUCAACAUCUCAUAGCGACGCUAUGA